AUGGAGCGGCGUGGGAAUGAAGAGGGCGAUUUUCCGAUAGCAUGUGAGACAUGUCUGGGGGAUAGUUCUACAUUGCGCAUCAUCAAGGGCGAGGCAGAUAAAGAGUGCAAGGUAUGUCAGCGGCCUUGUACAUCAUUCCGGUGGCAGCCGGGGCCGCGUGCGCGAUAUAAGUCGAGUGUGAUUUGUCAGAUGUGUGCGCGAAUGCAGAACAUUUGCCAAGUAUGUUUGUUCGAUUUGCAGUACGGGUUACCGGUACAAGUGAGGGACCAGAUCCUAAGUGAGUCGCGUCGUGAACAGAACCCUGUGCGAGCACUCGCACACAUGAGUGCUGUGAACCGUGACUUUGCAACACAACGCAUCGAGGCCGAGGCCGCCGGGCUCGGUGGCGCGGCCGCCGGUGACACUGCCGUACCCGCCAUCGAAAACGCCGGCUUCGAUCGCGAUGCGGCAGAGAAUGCUGUGCUACGGCAAGUCGCCCGCAUGGCUCCUUAUUACAAACGUAAUGAGGCCCGUGUCUGUACCUUCUGGCUCAAAGGCGCAUGCAAUCGCGGUGAUCGAUGUCCCUUUAAACAUGAACAAGAUUCGCGGAGUCGGAACGCUGGCAGUGUCCUCCGUAUUCGUGAACGCUACUUUGGCGUCAAUGACGAGUUCGCCCAAAAUAUGCUUGCCUCAAUCGAGUCCCGCAAACAAGACAGGGAAACGGGAGCUGGGGAUCGAACCGGGGAUCGAGACCAGCAGCGCCGGUCCGCGGCUCGUCAGGACCUACGGCAUGCCAUAAGCCGCUCCAGACCCGGCCUAUCUGCGACCCAGAGGAUAGAACGCCCCGCCAGUGGCCCCCCCACGAACAACAUCAUCAUCCCACCGCCGCCAACUCCCGACGAACGACCACCUCCGAUGCCGCCGUCUUCAACCCGGCCAUCAUCCAAACAACCCGGCCGCGGUUAG